GAAUGUCUGACUCGUCAACACACAGUGAUAGACCAGGCAAAAUUAAACUCUCAGAGGAAGAAUGGAAGAAGAAACUAACACCUACUGAAUACAGAGUAACGAGAAAACAUGGAACAGAGCCGGCCUGGACUGGCAGUCUUCUUGAAAACAAAGAGAAAGGAUUAUACAUGUGUACUUGCUGUGGUGCUGAACUGUUCAGCUCGGGUACCAAAUUUGACUCCGGCUCUGGAUGGCCAUCCUUCAGCGAUGUGCUCAGAGACAAAGAUGCUGUUGAUAUGCCAGCUAUAGACACUGUUCGAGAUACCUCACAGGGGAUGGUGCGUACAGAAGUCAGAUGUGGCAAGUGUGAUGCUCACCUGGGUCAUGUGUUCAAUGAUGGUCCAGGCUCAGCUGGUCUCCGUUAUUGCAUCAACAGCGUAUGUCUCAAGUUCAAGCCACAAAACCCAGAUAAGCAAGAAAAUCCAGAUAAGAAAGAAAAUCGUUAA